GAUUUCUCUGUGUCACUUACUCACGACGACGUACAGACUUUCCAGUGGGCUGAGUUGAGUGUUCUAGAGUCCUACGAUGACAGAGACGCAGUAACUACAAAUGGUGGAAUAACAAAUUCCCCAUUUGACAGUGGAGGAGUUGUUGGAGCAGUUUUCGGGAAGAAGAGGUGCGGUGACUGCCGUCUACCAGCUGUGUACCAGCAGCCAGCAGCAUAUCCCUUGUCUCCUUGUUAUCGGUGGAAUCAGAAACCAAAAUACUACGAUCGUCGAAAGAGAAAAACUUACACCUCCUCCGUGAAAAACGCUCUGAGUGUUUGUCAUCAGAAUCACGACAGCAGGAGGAACACUGCCAGUGGCUGAAUGCAAACAUUGAAGGUAGGCAGCAAUUUGAACAGAACAGAGCAUGAUGACUAAAGAGAAGAAGAAUUGGAUAAAUUCACUGGCCGCCCAGCUGCAAGUUUCAGCUAUGCAAAUGCCGCUCUUGAAAGCGAUGCCAAAGUUGGAACUGCACGCGCAUCUCAACGGUUGCGUUCGAACUUCAACUUUAUUAGAUUUAGCCGUCGGUGAAAACAGCAAAGAGAAGAUUUCAAACACAGACCUGGAGAGUUUAAUUCGCAAAGAGGAUCGGUCGUUGACAGAGUGCUUCAGGCUAUUCCCCGUCAUCCAUGCACUUACAACUGACCAUGCUGUCGUCACAAGAAUCACCAGAGAAGCAAUUGAAGAUUUUCUCUUGGACAACGUUGUGUACUUGGAGCUACGCACGACUCCGAAGUGCAAUGACCUCUAUGGGAUGAGUAAACGCUCUUAUGUUGAAGCUGUUUUUGCUGGCUUUGAGGCUGCGGGAGUAAUGUAUAAAACCGAUUGCGAUGUGCAAGAUGGGCAUCGUAUGCACGUUCGUUUACUGUUAAGUAUCGAUCGUCGAGAAAACGCAGAAGCUGCCAUGAAUACGGUCCAGCUUGCCUGGGACAUGAGAGAUCGUGGUGUGGCGGGAGUUGAUUUAAGUGGUGACCCUGCUAUUGGCAAUUGGGAAACAUUCUUACCUGCCCUUACUUUGGCCAAGGAGCUUGGAGUACCCUUGACGCUGCAUUGUGGAGAAGUGUCAAAUCCUAAGGAGGUUCGUGAAAUGCUUGCUCUCCAACCCAGGAGGUUGGGGCACGUGUGCUGCCUGGAAGAAGCAGAAUGGAGAGCUUUGUUGGAUUCGGGUAUACCUGUGGAGAUUUGCCUCACUUCCAACGUGCGUACUGAAAGUGUUUCCUCCAUGCGAGAUCAUCAUUUCGCUGCCCUUUAUAAUGCUAAGCAUCCUGUUGUGCUUUGCACUGAUGAUCCUGGGUUAUUUUCUACUUCCCUAACUCUUGAAUUUGCAAUCGCUGCCACUUGUUUCGGUCUUACGAACUUGGAACUUCUGAUAAUGGGGAAGAGUGCAAUCAACUACACAUUCGCAGAUGACAAGACAAAGCUGAUUCUUCACGGGAUUUUCGAUGAUGCUUUACAGUAAAUGUGCUUUCUGGGAAGUGUUUGUUCAUAAGGUGAGGAUAUCUCCCUUGUAAUGUGAAUUGUAAUCAUAAACUUUAGAUAAUGAUGUAAGUUUUAAAGUGGAAGUUCAGAAUCAAAUGAUUUUAAGUUAAUAGGCAAGUACCUCAUAUUUAAUUGUUUUAGAACAAGAAACUUGUACUCGCACUGAUGAGAUUUUGAGUUUGAUUUCUGAAGUUGGAAGCUGUGGCCAUGUAUUGAAUGUUUUCUACUAUUCCUACUGGAAUUGGAACGUGUCUUGGAAGCUGUGGCUAUAUAUUGAAUGUUUUCUAUCAUUCCUACUUGAACUGGAACGUGUAUUGAUAGUCUCCGUUCUUGAGUUUUAGGUGAUGGAUCUUUUGCCGCCUUUGAGCUCAUGAAUGGGAUGAAAUGACAUGUACAUAUCGGAUGUUAUUCAUUCAGACAUCUUUGAUACUUGGUAUUUUUUAUCUUGUAAUAGUCUGCUAAGCCAAUCGGCAUAUUUGAAAAAUAUUGAAUGUCUAAUUAUGAACUUGCACAUCCGAACAACUGACUCAUGUCCUAUAUAUCUUGAAGUUUAUGUACACAAUCAGUGCACGAGUUUUACAUGAUUAGGGUUAAUAAUAUACUGGAG